GUCCCCUCACUCUCACACACCUUGGCUCCUGCCCCUUAAAGCGAGCUCCGCACGCGCGCUUCGCCGCGCCGCGUGGCUUCCGUCGUCACACUCGACCCCUUGGCGCCAAGCCGCGCUGGAGCUUGCCGCGCGUGCGCGUGGCGUCGGCCACGUGCUUGCUGGUGCGCUACUCUAGGCGUGGCGCUACCUAUGACCUGAUCGCUGGAAAAGGGGAAGUUUAAAACGAGAAUGCGGGGAAAUCGAUGAUGAUGCGAUUAUAUGGUGAUCUGCCUGCUGGUGGCUGGGGGUUGGUUGGUUGUGGAUGUGCGCUGCGGCGCGGGAGGUGCGCUUGUACGGAUGCGGAUGCUUCGCUCUGCGUGUGGGACCAUGCGGGAAGAGAGGCCUGUUUGGAAGCACGCUGUUGCCAGUGGUCGAGAAUGUUUGGCUGUGGACGGAAUUGGGGCCUCAUACCGGAGGAGCCCUCAUGUACGGGAGCGAGAUGGAGCAUGGAGCACGGAACACGUCGACUUUAUUCUUCGACGGCAUCCCCAUCAGCAUUCUUCAACUCCCAACAAUACCAUAGAAUAUUGCUGUUGAAACAACAGCGAAAAAUCAAUUACUAGAAGCAAAAUCAGAUAAUCUAUAAUCAGUCAAUCAAGCAAGC